CCAGAAGUGGAGGCCAUCCACAUCGAAUCUGCUUUAAUAUCAACAGAUCUUCGAUUAAGCGAAGGGAGCAUGGAAGCCGAGAACACUGCAGGCGGAGCUGAAGAGUUGCAGCUCGAACCUUCAGCACCAAAAGCGCGUGCCGGGUCAAUGCACAAACACUGCCAUGGGCUGGCUGAAUCCUUGGAGGUUGAGCAAGAAGGGCUGGUGGAGCACCAGCCUCUGGAGCAGGACGACCUCAACUUUGAGAGAUGGAAGCCCAAGCCAAAGCCCAAGAGGACACUGCAUGAAAAGAUAGAUGACCUGAAAACUUACCUGUGGAACCCUGAAACCAAGGAGUUUAUGGGGCGAUCAGGAAAGAGCUGGAGCCUCAUUCUUUUUUUCUACUCUGCAUUGUACAUUUUCCUGGCAGCUAUGUUUGCCGGCUGUAUGUGCUGUCUCAUGUGGUCAAUCAGUCCUUAUGCCCCGACCUACAAUGACCGGGUGAUGCCUCCAGGUAUGAUAAUGCUGCCACAUGUAGAUGUUGUCCAUGGAUUUGAAAUCACCUUUAAUGCCUCUGAUCGCAGCUCAUGGAAGAAAUACGCAAAAGCGCUGGAGAUUCAGCUUAAACCCUAUGAUGACACAGUUCAGAAAAGGCGUAACAUUGAAUGCAAGCAGGGCACGUACUUCAUGCAGGACAACCUGGAGGAGAGCGCUGAGAGAAAAGCAUGCCAGUUUAAGAGGUCUUCACUGGGACCAUGCUCAGGCAUGGAGCAGAGAGACUUUGGCUACGCUGAUGGAAAGCCCUGCAUCCUCCUCAAAAUGAACCGAAUUCUUGGCUAUCUACCAGGUCAAGGUACUCCAGUGAAUGUGACAUGUACUGUUAAAAAAGGGAUGCCUGAGGAGCUCGGAGAAGUAGAAUUCUAUCCAAAAAAUAUUUUUGACUUGAUGUAUUAUCCUUAUUAUGGGAAGCUCAGGCAUGUAAACUACACUUCUCCUCUGGUGGCUGUUCGCUUUCCCAAUCUCAAGCUUGAUGCUCAUCUGCACAUGCAGUGUAAGCUAAACGGCAAGGGGAUAAUCAAUGAUUCACCAACCGACCGCUUCCUUGGUAGUGUGUCUUUUAAUCUGCAAGUUGGUGCAUAGUGUGGAAGUAGGAAUGCAAUGGGGCUAAACAAACUUCUGUGUACAUUGUGAUUAAAAUAGUCAAAUGUACCAUCUUUACCCAUUUUCCUGUCACUGUGCCUUUUACUUGUGUUUAGCACAUACAUGCUUACAAAAUGCCCCAGUAGGCUACUAAGAGCAAAACAUUGCAGUAUAUAAUUUAGAAUAGUGCAAGAGCAUAAAUUGUUGAUCAUACAUUAAAUUUGCUACUUUAAGUUAAAAAAAAAAGGUUAGGUUGUGAGCCAAAUGUGUUAAAAUGUAGAUAUACACUGUACAGUAAAGAGGGUCAGUAUUGGGUCAGUUUACUAAGAUAUCUAAAGUCAGUUGUAUGUUUUUUCUUUUGUACAAAUUAAGAGAUGUUUAGCUCUGAAGCCAUACACGUGAUUAACAAAUCACUUUAUGAAAAAAGGCAAAAAGUGCAUACCAAGAUGUGGGUUACUGAUCAACUACAAAAUUCUCCUAUGGCAAAUUAUUCUCACUAAAAAUCACAUGACAAAUAUCCACACAGUUCAAAAAAAGAUCAAAACCGUAUUAAACAAUUGGCAGCCAAUUUGAACUCAACUGCAAAAGGUUUCCAGCAUGAAGCUAGAUUUAAGAUCCCCCCUUCAGUUGUGUUAAAGUGCAUAUCCUGGACCAAUUUCAUUUUUUUUUAUGAAAGUAUGUCCCUUUACACACUCAUCCAGAAGGGUAAUUUUGCACAAGGCCAUCUGUCUACAGCAGAAAAAAUAACACGCAUCUGGAAAAAUCCCAAGGGAGUCUGGAGCCAGAUUUGUGACGUUACCUGUGGAAGCGCCAGCAGGCUGCGUGAGCUUGCAUGGUUUCAGUGCACAGCCUGUGUAGACCAAGUUUAACAGCUAGCGAUUUUGUAUUGAAAUAUGGAAUUGUCACAUGAGCGCAAUGUUACUUCACCUUUGGAUGAAUGAGAUGUCAGAAUUAUUUCUUACCCUGGCAAUAGCCAACUUGUGAAUUGCUGAUUUUCUUGGUCUUUUUCUCGGCUCUGCUUGGUCCUCGGCUUCCAAGUGCCUCGCCCGAAGCGCUCCCAUUUCUCUCUCGUUGUCCGGUCUUCUGGAAAAUGAUGAGUACUAAUCCCAUCAAGAUUAGUGUUGCUACACCCUCCUACGAUACAUCUGUUAAGCAUUUUAAUAAUUGUGAUAAUGUUGAAGAAACUUGCAGAAAAUGACCAGUGCUGACGUACAGUAGGAUCCAGAAGGAGGUGUCCCACCCCCGACAUCACGAAAAUCAAUAUUUCCCAGGAAAUCCAAAUGCCAACUUCUCAAAGGCAGACGAAUUCACCUCAAAUGGCUUGAUUACAACUGAAUUUUCCUGCUAUUGCGCAAGGUUAAAAUUUUGCACAAAAAUGACCAAAGUUUAAUAAAAGGGGAGAAUUACAUUGAUCUUACUCCUGAAUUUACCCAUGAUAUGCACUUUAAAGCUUGAAUGGCCUUCCUUUGCAAUAAAAAUUAGACAUCUUACUAGAUUUCUUUUCACAACUAAAUUGUCUUAAAUAUAUUUUUCUAAAGUGUGGAACAAUGCUUCUGAUCAAGUUAUUUUUUUGCUGGAUUUACACUGAAAACCCCUACAGAGCAUUUUACAUGACUGCAUAUACAGAACCACAAACUCAAGGUGAAAAUACUAUACUUUUGGUUCUCUGUGAGAAAGAUAUCAGUAUUAUUUAUUAAUUGUCUUUGCAUAAUUGACAUAUAGUUAUUAACUGAUGGCUAGAGGGAAAGUGUAAAUUCUUUGGUGGUGGUUCAUUGAACGCCACGAACAGCACAAAUGUCUCAUGUUUAAAACAAGCACUCCUAAUGUUCUAGGCAUAUAAAAAUAAAGAUGGACCAGAUUUAACCAAA